AUGGCCUCGCGAACAGGGGUCACGGCUGCCACCUCGACCACCUCCUCACCCGCUGCGUCCACCGCAGCCUCUGUGUCCUUCUCUGCACAAGGCACAAGCACGAACACAGGAACAGGCACAGCCCACAAUGCCAAUGUCCCUCAGAAACCUCCGCGCAUCCUCGCCUGUGUGCUCUGCCAGCACCGUAAGAUCAAGUGCGACAGGAAUUUCCCCUGCGCCAACUGUGUAAAGGCGAAUGUCACAUGCACUCCUAGUACUCCGGCUCCGGCGCGGAAACGAAGGAGGCCGAAUCAGGAUCUUCAGGAGCGCCUGGCGCGGUGUGAGGAGCUCUUGAAAGAGUAUGCCUCUGCCAAACCCCCAUCACCCUCACCCGCCAGCUCUCCUUCUCCAAAACGUGCCAAGCUCGACCGCCCGGCUGAGCUGAAGGAAUCCGCUGCGAAAUGGAAGCCGCCCGCGGGCCACCUGAUCGAGGAGGAUGGCAACCUGCGCUUCAUGGAGUCCCGGGUCCUAGGGACCGUAUACGAUGAGCUGAGGUCUAUGCGGAAACUGGUCGACGAGGAGUUACAAUGCGACGAGUCCCCGGCUCCGUUCGACGACUACUCAAACUCUCCCGACGACAACUCCGAAUUGAUCUUUGGCGCCGAGACGCCGUCGACCAACUCCGAAGACCUGACUCCAUCUCCAGGACAAAUAGUACGGCUCUGGCAGAUAUAUCUCGACCGUUGCAACCCCCUGACCAAGAUCAUCCACGUCCCUACCGUCCAACCUUAUAUACUAGAUGCGACAGGCAGUACUCCAAACUUGCCCAAGAGUGUCGAGGCUCUGCUGUUCGCCAUAUACACGCUGGCAGUUGUGUCCAUGACCAAGGAGGAGAGCGAUGAAGUCCUCGGCAUGCCCAAGGAUAAGGCCUUGGCCAGGUUCAGCGCGGGCCUCCGCUCAUGCAUGACCCGGCUGGGCUUCCUCAAGACCCACGACCUGACCACUCUCCAGGCUCUAGUCAUUUAUUUGAUUUCCUUGCAAGGCAGGUACAAUCGCCACGCAUCCUGGAUCCUUAACGGAGUCGUCAUCCGUAUCGCCCAGAAGAUGGGGUUGCACCGUGACGGUGAAAUGCUGGGCCUUAAACCCUUCGAGACGGAGAUGAGGCGACGUUUGUGGUGGCAGAUCAUCAUGCUCGAUUCCAAGUACGCCGUGCUAUCAGGCCUCAGCCAUACCCUCCUUCCCCGUGGGUGGGACACCAGGGAGCCCAGGAACAUCUCAGAUGUCGAUCUGUUGCCCACUGCCACGGAACCAAUCCAGGACCAGGAAGGCCCCACAGACAUGAUCCUCGUCCUUGCAGUCUUCAAGAUCGCCAAGAACUUGAUCCAGGCACCCGAUAUGGAGGCGAUCCUGAUAAUGGACGAGCUCGAGUGCAAGACGGCCUUGCAGAGCGAGAAAAUUGAGCAAUAUCGUACUAUUGUUCGGGGUCUAAAAGAGGAUUUCGAAAACCUCUUCCAAAAGUACUCGUCACCGACCGCGGGCGAUCUUCACAAACUGGCCCGCCAAAUCGGCGACCACCUAAUGAGCAAGCUUGUCCCGCUGCUCCAAACCCCUGCAGAGAGCCGCGACGCAAAUGGCGAGGUCCCAGAUCAAAGCAGCAACACCUUCAGGGUCGCCGUUGACCAAACGAGUCACGCUGUUGAACAACACAAGGUCGCCAACUAUCCGGCCUGGGACUGGUUCCACCGCUUGCAUUUCCAGCUCGACAUUUUCGCAUACCUCGUGGGCCAGCUGGGUCACCGCACAAGUGGGCGCCUGGUGGACCAUGCGUGGGAGAUCGUCGAGGAAGUCUACAAGUACUAUCCCGAAUUCUACGACACAACUCAGAGGGUAUAUCACCAGCUCGCUUACUUCUUGUUCAAGGCCUGGCGAAGGCGGGAGGAAUUUCUCCGCGCACAAACGGGCCACCCGCCAGAAGUCCCGUACUGUGUGCAGAAGCUGCGGAUGACAAUGCCAGGGCCGGACGAUUCGAGCGUCAAGAGCGAAACGGGCAAGACGCCUAAUAACGAGAUGUUCAACUUCGUCACUGGUGGCGGCAACCGUCACAACGGCCACGGCGACAGAGGGGCAAUGAAUUACAACGGGGUUGAGAGCUCACAGUUCGACCUAUACAUGGGGAACUACUUCGAUCUUGAUGCGUUGGAGUUCGAAUUGUGGGGCGGUAACAACAACACACAAAUGGUGCCCAACAUGCCAGUGGUCAACCCAGCCGCAGCGACGAUGCCUGUGCACAAUCACAACCAGUACCCAUACGGCAUGGGGCCCCCCUUCUGA